AUGAAGCAGCUCAUCGACGGGCUGCGACGAGCAUCAGUCUUGCUGAUAAUUCCAUACAGGGCAAGUUUUCCUAAGCGCUCGAUCGCUAACAGUGUAGCAGCGUACAUAAAGACAAACACAACCUGUUCUAUCUUGCAAACAUCAGUGACCUCGCGGUGUGUGAAAAUGUUGGAUCAAAGGAAGAUCUUUACUGCUGAUUUCUUCUUCAGGCAGCUGUUUGAUGAACAAUCGCAUACCUACUCGUACCUGCUAGCGGAUAUUGAUACGAAACAGGCCAUUUUGAUUGAUCCAGUUUUGGAACAAGCAAAGAGGGAUGCCCAGUUGAUUGAGGAGCUUGGAUUCACGUUAAAAUAUGCAUUGAACACCCACAUGCACGCGGAUCAUGUCACCGGCACGGGUUACUUGAAGCAACUGCUCCCGGGCACUGUCAGUGUAAUAUCGCAAAACAGCGGAGCGAAGGCCGACAAACAUUUGGAAGACAAUGAAACGAUCAUGUUUGGGCGGCAUGAGCUACGUGCUUUGUGCACACCCGGUCAUACUAAUGGCUGCAUGACGUUCGUGAUCGACGAGCAGGGCAUCGCUUUUACUGGAGAUACACUACUCAUACGCGGCUGUGGACGAACGGACUUUCAAGAGGGUGAUUCAAGAACGCUCUAUCAUUCCGUACAUGACCGUAUUUUUGCACUUCCGGAUAAUUAUCGACUCUUCCCUGCUCAUGAUUAUAAAGGCAACAUGGAAACAACAGUCGCUGAAGAAAAAAAGUUCAAUCCACGACUGACAAAGGAUGUUGACGCAUUUGUAGAAUUGAUGAACAAUCUGAACUUGCCUUAUCCCAAAAUGAUCGAUAAAGCGGUACCUGCAAAUCGUGAAUGCGGCUUGUACGAUAUACCGAAGGCAGUUUAAAAUGUCUAUGAAUGCGGCCAUUGCUGUGUCCGUUUGAAAGAUAAACGUAUUAGAAGAACAAGCAUGGAAAUGGGUUACAUCGAGAAUAUUUUAUUUUGCUACAAUGUAUUUGAAUAU